GGGGCUAUUGUCACAUGGGCGGUGCAUUAGAUCGUUUAGGCAACUGUCAUUUUCCAAGUUCGGUACGCGGAGAUAACUCUCUCGGUUUUUUUUUAAAUGUAAAACAACGGGACAAUUUCUAUAUCUAGAUAUUAAGAAUACCUGUGAUAAAUCUACUCAGAAUGGCUCACAGUUCUCAAACUUAUGGGUCCACAGACCAGCGGACAGAUGUACCUGAUGUAGGAUUUAGUCCUACUGAACUUUAUAAUCUCAGUGAAAAUAUAACCACUAAUAUAUAUACAAUUAAUACAAACUGGAGAACGCUUGAACGUGCAUAUAAGAAUAUUGGGACAAAUAAAGAUAGUGCAGGACUCAGGGAUAAAGUACACGAAACACAAUACAACACGAAUCAAGUGGUAACUCAAACGAGCAAAGAUAUAGCAAGACUUACUGUAUUGAUGAGGCGUGGAGACAAACAACAGAAAUUGCAAAUUGAAAAAUUAACAACUGAUUUCAAAGAUGCAUUACAACGAUAUUCUACUAUGCAAAGGUUAAUUGCCGAAAAAGUGAAGAUUGUAGUCAAAAUAUGUACUACAAGUAAUUUAGAAAAUGCUUCUGAAGGAGAUGAUGAAGGAGAAAAACAAAGUUUGCUUCAAAUUCAAGACGACGAGCGCAGAGCAGCACAAAGAUUACUUGAGUUUCAACAAGGUUUACUGCUUGAGAGAGAAGAAAGGAUAAAGAACAUUGAGGAAGAUAUAUUGGAUGUAAAUCAGAUUAUGCGGGAGCUAGCAGCAUUGGCAUAUCAACAAGGAGAUACUAUCAACACUGUUGAUAACCAUAUAGAGAAUAUAUAUGGUAAUGUUGAAUUGGGAGCACAAGAAUUAGUUAAGGGAAGUAAUUACCAAAGCAAGUUUCGUCGAAAAGUUUAUCUUUUGUUGUUACUUGCAAUAAUAGUCGUCAUUGUAUUAAUUAUUAUUCUAGUCACUAAAUUAAGUUAGCGCUUCUAACUAAUAUAGGUGACAAGGGUGUAUCAAAAAGGGCUGUCUCAAUCUAUUAUAUACAAUUUUUAGAAAUGCUGCUAUAUUAAAGUUGCUAUUAUAAUUUUGGUAUUUUAUAUACUUCAAUUUGAACUGGAAAGAGAAUAGAGACUUGUUUUGUAUAUGCUCGUAAAGGAAUUAAUGUAUAUUUUGAAUAUAUGAGAGAAACUUUGUUUAUUCUCAAAUUCAUAAAAUAUUUGUUAACACUAAACACAAAAGCACAUAAAUUUUAUUACACGUUGUGCUCUCAAUGUAUCUUUAUUUUCAAUUAUAUUAACAGUAAUAUAGUUCAUUAUUAAAAUUAAACUUGCUACUCAGCAGUAUAAAUAGUUAGGGAGCACUUAUACAAACAAUUUUAUCCAGAAGCUUCUAAAAAUUGACACAAUAACUUCGAAGAACAUAUUGUAUUUUAAAGCCUAUAUAAUAAUCGUGUAUGUCAUUUUUAUAGUACACAUUCGUUCGUGCUUUGCCUGAUUUUUAUUUUAUUGUCUUUAUAUUUUUUACUAAUCUUGAAUAUAAAGAUAAGCGUUGUGUGGCAUUUCUGCUGCUGAAAGUAUUCAAUAUGCAUAAAGUUUAUAAAGAAAUGUUAGCAUUGUUUUGUGACUUCAGAUUUUAUAACGAUUUGUAUCCUUUGUUAAAGCAAUGGAUUAAAAUUUGCUGAUAUUGCUCUGAACUAAUAUAUUUUAUUAUUUUCCUAAUUAAGUAACUAUUACUUUAUUCUUUAAAGAAUUUUACGGAUUUUUUCUUUUUAACACGAUGCACCGUAUAAAAGAUGACAAAGAGAGCAAAUAUAUUAAACAAAUCUUGUUCUAAUCUAUUAAAUCGUUUUAUCAUAUAUUUUCGCGAAUCUGCUGAAGCAUAAAGAUAUUUUUAGUAGAAGGUUUCAUAAUCGUCACUUUAGCUAUUGCAAAGUUGUAUAUAAUGCAGUUUUAACAAGGAAAUACAUUGAGUAUGCAUUGGACAGAUAUUAAGAUGCAUUAGUAGUCUCGUUGAUACAUUUUCAUGAAAAGUAUAUCAUAUUCGUAAUGUUAAUAUGUAAAAGGAAGAAUAAUGAGCUAAUUUAAUAGAUUAAAGAUGAAGAAUUACACGUUGUUUAUCUAUCAUUGAAAGUUAUAUGCUAAAACAUGUUAUUAUUUAAUUUAAUUUUUGUGCCAUUAUAUCGGACACAUUACAUCACAUUGUUGAUUGGUCAUUCUUAUUUAUAUCAAAGUCAGUUGUUCAUUACUCGUUAUUUGUGAAGUACUAAAAACAAUGAUAUUUCUCAGAAUUUAAUAAUGCAUGUUUCAAAGAUUAAUUUAUAUAUGUAUAUAUAUAUAUUUCUAUAAUAUAUAUUAUAAUAUACAAUUUAAUAUAUAAUAUAUAAUUUAUAUAUAUAUAUAUGUGUGUAAAUUAU